AUGGCCGAGAUGAUGACGGGCGCGAGCAAAUCGGCCGUCUACGCCCGCCGCGCGGCCAUCUACGCCGAGACGCGCAAAGUGGUGCAAAACCCGGAGAACCUCCUCCUCGACACGACGCUCCUGCACCUGGUCGUCGCGUCGCUGGCCGAGACGCGUCUGGGCAACGUCGAGCUGGCGGACAAACACUUCACGGGCCUGCUGCAGCUGCUGCGGCUGCGCAACGGCCUGCGCACCUUCCAGGAGAUCGGCCUGCACUUGGGACUGGGCAUGCUGCACGCCUUCCUCGUCGGGCAGGUGCCCCUGUUUCGCACGCGCGGCGAGAUCCUCGACGCGCUGAGCCGGAUGAGGCUGCCUCGCGCGCGCAGGCCCGUCCCACGGAGCAUUCGGCGGUAUUUCGAGCCGUUUUGCUUUACUGGCGCGCAUCUUGGCAAUCUGCACUUGUUGAACAUGAUCAUGGCGGCGGAGCCCGCCGGGUUCAUGGAUCGGCUGGUGUACAACAUCACGGGGAGUGGCGAGAGGUUGACGCCCGUGGCCAUGACGUUCAUGAUCGGCCAGUCGGCCGUCGAGGUCGGGGAGUGGUUUGGGCCGGAUCCGCUCGUUCGGUCGUGGGAGACGAUCGAGUUUGUGCGUUUGCUUGCUCACGCGAUUGUGUCGAGAGAAGCCACGGCGAGGGCCAUGUCGGGGUGGCUGACGGGCACUGGAUCCGCCGACGUGGAUUUGGAGGCGCUCAAGGCCGAGAUUCUGGACGAGUGGGACAUGUCCCAGGCUCUGGGCGGCUUAAUGCAUUGA